AUGGCCACCUUCACCUCGGUCGUCGAGACCAUCAUGACGCCCUCCCUGCCCGUCAUCCUCCUCGGCAUCCUCAUCAUCCUCGGCGCCCCGAUCCUGCUGCACAUCGUGCUCGCCUCGUCCGCCACGUACACGACCCCGCCCGUCGUCGUGCUGCUCGGCCCCUCGCACGCCGGCAAGACGGCCCUCACGACACUGCUCGAGCGCGGCGGCCCCGCGCCCACGCCCACGCACACCUCGCAGACGGCCCAGUCCGUCGAGCUCAACGCCUCCACCGACUCCGCCUCGAGGAAGUCGUUCCGCAACCACGACGACGCCACCGGCACGCACACCAAGUUCCUGCUCGUCGACACGCCCGGGCACGGCAAGCUGCGCAACGUCGCGAGCGGGAAGCUUGCCCGCGCGGAGAAGCUCAAGGCCGUGGUCUUCAUGGUGGACGCUGCGGCGAUUGGCGAGCAUGAUGUCCUCGCGCCGACGGCUGCGUACCUCUACGACGUGCUGCUGCAUUUGCAGCGGAAGGCAUCCUCCAAGGGCAAGGACAAGGCCUCUGUGCCGGUCCUCGUCGCGGCCAACAAGAUGGACCUCUUCACCGCGCUGCCGGCUACCAUGGUCAAGUCGCAGCUCGAGGCGGAGCUGACGCGCAUCCGCGCCACGCGCAGCAAGGGCCUGCUCGACUCGGGCGUUGGCAUCGACGACGUGGGCUCCGAGGAGCAGGACGGCUGGCUGGGCGAAUACGGCUCGGAAAAGUUUUCGUUUCAGCAGAUGCGCGAGUUUGACAUUGACGUCGAUGUCAUUGGCGGGAGCGUCACGGCCGAGGCCGACGUGGACAAGUGGUGGUGGUGGAUGGCGCAGAGGGUGUGA